AUGAGAGCGCCCUACUCGCUGUCCUGCCUGCUCCUGCUGAGCCUGGGCGCCUGCUUCCCUCCCGGCGAGCGCUGGGAGCCGGCACCGCCCGGGGAAGGGGCUCUGCUCGGCCCCGGCUGGCACACGGAGGGCCGGGGUCCCGGCUGGAGGGCAGGGCCGAAGCGGAGGAGGAGCGAGGAGGAGCGGGAUGCGCUGCUGAGCGUGGCCCGGGAGCUGCGGGCGCUCGGGGCCGGGCGGCGGCCGGGCAGCAGCGGCGGCCCCGAGGCGCUGCCCAGCGGAGGGGAGAAGCGCAGCGGAGCCCUGGGCAACCUGGCGGAGGAACUCACCGGCUACAACAGGAAAAAAGGGGGCUUCACCUUCCGCUUUGGGAGAUGA